AACGAUGCGUUUGCAUCAUCCGGAAGCUACAGUUUCCAGGCAGUAGACUUUUAUUUUUAACAAAUCUGUGCAGCCCAAAAGUUGACAUUUGAUCGCUUAUCACUUGAACGAUGCAGUCGGACGCGCUCCUGCAUGCGGCCAACUUCAGCACGCUGUUCGCCUGCAUGGUGCUGAAGUUCCCGCAGAUCUUCGUGCUGAUGAGAGCCAAGAGCUCCACCGGAGUCAGUCUCAGCAGCCUGGUCCUGGAGCUCGUAGGGUUCAUUGUUUUUGUGACCUACCAGAUGUACUACGAGUACCCACCUCCAACAUACCUGGAAUAUCCCAUCCUCAUCGCUCAAGACGUCAUCCUCCUGCUGCUGAUUCUCCACUACAACAACAACCUGCGGCAGAGCCUCGUCUACGCUCUACUGCUGGUCGGCGGCUGGAGGCUCCUGACGGUGCAGAGAUGGAUCAUAGACCUGGCCAUGAGCCUGUGCACGUUCAUCAGCGCCGGGAGUAAGUUCACGCAGCUGCAGUGUCUGUGGAGGUCCAAGGACGCCGGCCAGGUCAGCGCCGUCACCUGGGCGCUGGCCGUCUACACGUCUGUGGCUCGGAUUUACACCACCGUGCUGACGACUGGAGACAUGCAGGUUCUGGUGCGGUUCGUUGCCACGGCGAUGCUGAACCUGUGGGUGCUGCUCACCGUCGUCCACUACCAGAGACACGGCAGCAGCUCCAAGAAACAGUCCUAGUCCCGGCCGGAGGAGAACCGGGCCGGCUCAGACAACAAUCAGGGGCAGAUGUUACAAAACAGAGUUCUGGUAUCAAUGCUUGUGUUUUGGUUUUUACCUUCCUGUAAAACAUUCCAGACGGUACAAAUGUGACCAAUACUUUUCCAUAAUUUAGUGUUACAACACAGUUUACAAGUUUUUUCUGGGAUCUUCCCACUCAGGUCAGUAAAUACUGUAUUUUGAUGAGCUUUUAUACUGUAUGUGAUGUCCCUUUCUAAACCUGUUUAAUAAAGCAAACGUCCUUC